AUGUCUCUCUUUGCUGCUGCAAAUGAUAUGUCUGAUAAUGAUUUUAACAAUAUCGGUCCCGCUCCAAGACCCCCUGUAACAAGGACAGGAUCAGCAGCUUUUAAUCAAACGCAACCCAUUACUAAGUUUAUGCGUCAAUUGGAUUUAAACAGGAGUGUUAACUCUCUUAAUUCAUCUCAAAGCAAUUUAUACAACAGUAGCAAUAGCAGUAGUACAAAUAUGAAUAGGUCAUUUUCUGGUCCUUUAACACAACAGAUGAAAGGGAGAAAAACAGGCACAGUCUCCUAUAAAGAUGAUGGUGUCUUUUCCUUUCUAUGGCAAAAAAGAUUUCUUGUAUUAAACGAUUCAUAUUUGACACUUUACAAAAAUGAAAAAAAUCAAGAUGAUCCGAUUCUAAGCAUCCCAUUGACCAGUAUUGUCAGUGUCAGCAGAAACCAAAUAAAACAAAAUUGUUUCGAAGUGGUUCGUAGUAAUGAUAGAAAUUCAAGUGGUUCAUUGAAUAAUAGUAAUUCUUUGUCCACUCUGGAUUCAUCGUCGAAAAAAAUAAUAUAUAUUGCUACUAAGACUGAACAAGAUUUACAUUCAUGGUUGGAUUCGAUCUUUGCCAGAUGUCCUUUAUUAAGUGGUGUCUCUUCCCCAACUAAUUUCACUCAUAAAGUUCAUGUUGGGUUUGAUCCCGAGACUGGUAGCUUUGUUGGAAUGCCUACCAAUUGGGAAAAGUUGUUGAAACAUUCUAGAAUUACAGGGGAAGAUUGGAAUAAUGAUUCUGCAGCUGUUAUUCAGGUAUUGCAAUUUUAUCAAGAAUAUAAUGGUAUUGAUCUAAGUAGUAAUAAUAAUAAUAAUAACCAGCCACCUAGGGUACGUGAAUUAAGAGUUAGUGGGAAUAAUAGUAACAGUAAUAAUAAUCACCCUAUUGGGCCUACAAGUAGAAAUGGUAGUACAUACUCAAAUACAUCAUCUCUUAACUCCCCAGGCUCUAGUUGCAAGCCAACUAGUAGUAGUACAAAUACAUCCUUUGUAGGUUUAAAUGAUUUAACGCCACAAAGAAGUGCUCCAUCUCCAAAUAAACUGAAAUUGCAAACUAAUAAUACACCUACUGUGUCUAGUUUUAAUGUGACUUCAUCUAAACCAGCAACACCACAACAAAGAGUACCACAUUAUCAACAAUUACAACAGGAUAAUAAUAUAACACCUCAAAAACUAUCACAACAGCAACAAACAUAUGUUAAGAAUCAAUACCCAAAUACUUCAGCUGCUGUACCUCCACAGAGAUUACAUCUAAGGCACUCACCAUAUCAAAAUCUAUCGCAACAGCAGCAAGCUCAGAAAAUUUCACCAUCUCAUAAUGAUGAAAAUCCUUAUAUUCAGAAUAAUAUUAAUUUCAAUAAUAAAUUCACACAACAUAAUUUGAAACAAAAGAUUAGUCCUUUGCCUAUUAAUACAAGCUACACGCCAAAUCAAAAUGACAAUUAUUACAAUCAAUCACCAAUAAGACAAGGACCUGUAAUAUCUCCAAUUGGACUGCAGCCUCAAAGAGCUGCACCAAAACCACCUACAGUACGUCCACAACAGAAAAAUACUCUUGGUAAUAACAAUAAUAAUGAUGUAAAUAUUAGUCUUGCAGCCGCAACAGUUGCUAUGAAACAAGAAUCUCCAUCUAAUAAAUAUAGCAUUAAUGGUAACUAUCAUCACCCUGUCAAUAGAUUCCCGCAGCCACUGAGACAGGCACCUAAGAAACCAGUUCAACAAGAAUUACCAGUAGAACAAGCAAAGACUGAAUCAACCCAAAAUGAUACUGGUGUCACUAAACUAAAAAAGUCGUCAAAACCAAAAAUGUCAAAUGCUGAAAUUAUGGAUAAAUUACAAAAUGUUACCAUUAGUUGUGAUCCAACACCGUACUUUAACAUGAUUGAAAAGGCAGGUCAAGGUGCUAGUGGAUCUGUUUAUUUGGCUGAAAGAAUACAAUUUCCACCAAUUACUGAGACUUAUGACGAAGAAGUUUACGAUAAUAUUCAAGUGGGAGAUAAAGUUGCCAUCAAGCAAAUCAUUUUAUCUAAACAACCACGUAAAGAGUUGAUAAUUAAUGAAAUCCUUGUAAUGAAAGAUUCUCGCCAUAAAAAUAUUGUUAAUUUCCUUGAAGCAUAUUUAAAGACAGAAGAUGAUUUAUGGGUAGUUAUGGAGUUUAUGGAAGGUGGGUCUUUAACCGAUAUCAUUGACAAUAGUCCAGCUGAUCCAAUCACUCAUUCUCCAUUAACUGAACCUCAAAUUGCUUACAUUGUUCGUGAGACAUGUCAAGGUUUAAAAUUUUUGCAUGAUAAACAUAUUAUUCAUAGAGAUAUUAAGUCUGAUAAUGUCUUGUUAGAUAAUUACGGUAGAGUUAAGAUCACUGAUUUUGGAUUUUGUGCAAAGCUAACUGAUAAGAGAAGUAAAAGAGCUACAUUGGUGGGUACUCCAUAUUGGAUGGCACCAGAAGUGGUCAAGCAACGUGAAUAUGAUGAAAAAGUUGAUGUUUGGUCCCUGGGUAUUAUGACAAUUGAAAUGUUAGAAGGUGAGCCUCCGUAUUUGAAUGAGGAUCCAUUGAAAGCAUUGUAUUUGAUUGCUACUAAUGGUACACCAAAGUUGAAAUACCCUGAAACAUUAUCAUUAGAAAUCAAAAGAUUUUUAAGUGUUUGUUUAUGUGUGGAUGUCAAAUAUAGAGCAUCUACUGAAGAAUUACUGCAUCAUAGUUUCUUUGAAAUGGCAUGUCAACCAAGUGACCUAAUUCCAUUAUUGGAAUGGAAAAAUUGA